AUGAGGGGGGUCCGGGCCCCCCGAGCGUGGAAGUGUUGUCGGGGAGUGGGGGAAGAAGCGCUGAGUGGCUGGAGUGGGGGAAUGCUGAGGAAGGGGACCCUGGGACAGCUGGGAGCCGAGUCAGAAUCAAGGCAGGAUGAGGCCUGGCAGCCCCAAAACCCCCUGAGCGAGCCGAAGCAGGAGGCGGGAGAGGGGGGAUGCCCAGGACCCACAGGCCCCCCAGCAGCUCUGAGAAGAGGGACCCCCAUAACCCCAGAGUAAGGACACUGGGAACAGGGAAGCCCUGGGACAGUGUUUUUGGAGUCCUUCUUGAUUUGGAGGAUUUUAUGGACACCAGACAGACGGUAACUUCUGGAGAUGGACAGCAGGACCUUCAAAGCCAAUGCACUCACAGAAUGUCUUUCCCACACCAGGAAUUCCCAGUGCCAGACUUUGGCUGGGUAGAGGAGGAGAAGGCUGUGAGGAAGAGGAGGAUUCCUGCGGAUCCCCAGGCAGACAAGGAGGCCAGGAAGGACAAAUCCCCUCAGCAGAACCUCGUGGAAGAGGCUGUUUUGAGCGGCUCCAUGGCACAGGAAUGCAACGGGGAGGAAAAGGCGCGGAGAUCCCGCCCGAGGAGGGGCUCCAAACCCAUGCCAGGGUGCUCCGAGGAGGAAGGACCCACCCUGUGCCAGGAAGGCAGCCAGAGAUGUGGCCAGAGCUCUGAGCUGGUGGUGCAUGAACAGCUUCACAAUGGCAAGAAGCUGCACCAGUGCUUGGAAUGUGGGAAGAGUUUCUGUGCAAAGUCCAGCCUGGUCCGGCACCAGAAGAUCCACACUGGGGAACGGCACUGUGAGUGUGGGAAAUGUGGGAAGCGCUUCAGAGACACCUCUGGCCUGAUGAUCCACCUGAGAGUCCACACUGGGGAACGGCCCUAUGAGUGUGGGGAGUGUGGGAAGAGCUUUGCUGACAGGUCCAGCCUGAACUCCCACCAGAGGAUCCACACUGGGGAACGGCCCUAUGAGUGUGGGGAAUGUGGGAAGAGCUUCACUGAAAGCUCCAACCUGAUUGUCCACCAAAGGAUCCACACUGGGGAACGGCCCUAUAAAUGUGGAGAAUGUGGGAAAGACUUCAGAAAGAGCUCCCACCUCAAACACCACCAGAUGAUCCACACUGGGAAAUGACCCUGUGUGUGUGGGCAGUGCAGGAAGAGCUUCUGUGACAGCUCUGGCCUGAUCAUGCAGCAGACAGUGCACACUGGGGAAUGCCCCUACACGUGCUCAGAAUGUGGGAAGAGCUUCAUCCAGCACUCCAAGCUGUUUGUCCACCGGCAGAUGCACAGCGGAGAGAGGCCCUAACAGUGUCCUGAGUGUGGGAAGAGCUUGUCCCAGAGCUGUGCCGUGACCCAAGAGCAAUGGAGGCAGCAGGAAGGGAAGCCCUACAAGUGCCCCGCGUGCGGGAAGAGCUUUGUGCGCUGCUCCAACUCCAUCCCCCGUUGGAGGAGCCCAUUGGAUGAUCCCCAGUGAGCCCCAUUGGGCAGAGCCUUGGAGAUCCAUGGUCCUGGUGAUUCAUGGUGGGAAGACAGCUGGCUGGUGGUCUCCACAUCUUCCUGGGCCCCUGGGGGCACCUGGAUAUAAAAGGAGCUCAAGGGGACGUGGCCAUGGAUGGUGACAUGGACAUGGAUGGAGACAUGAGGGUGACAUGGACACGGGUGGGGACAUGGAGGGUCAAGAUUGGGGGCAUGGUGGGGAUACGGGCAUGGGUGGGGACAUGGGCUGAACUUCCAGGGAAUGUGGGGGAUGAUGGGUUUGAGUGAACUCAGGGCUCUUGGGAGGGCCGUGGGGUGCUGUGUCAUGAAACUGAAAUUCCAGAUCAUCCCAGCGUGUGCCGUGGAUCCCAGAGGGGAAUUCCCAAGGCUCCCAGGGUGCCGGUUCUGCCCUGCUGCCCAGGGGAGCUGUGCCCAAGGGGCAGGUGACAAGGUCCUGAAGCUGUGUAGGCUGACAAAGCAGACAGCAAAGGUUGGUUUGCUGGACAUUUUCCAGCCCAUUGCCAGCUCCAAGCAGAGGGAAGAAGAAAAGGAAAGUGAGUCCCUGACAGAAUCCCAGAACCAUUGCAGUGGGAAGGGCCCCUGCCCGUGGGCUGCAGUGCCAGGAGGGAGAGACGCCUCUACCCCAGUGAGGUGCAAAUGAGACCAUAGCAGCAGAGCCUAUGGAUUUUUUUGCAGAUUUAUUUUAUUGAAUAAUUGAAUAAACAAUCUUGUAGUAGUUGGAUUUCACUAUAAUUUAUUUGCUUUAAUUGCAAAAUUGUAAUUGCUUGUAAUUAAAUAUGAUGCCUUCUAAAGUGCUUUGAAGUAGGAGAAAUUUGUAAGUUCUUGUGAUCAAUGUAAAAGGGGAAGCAAGGCUUUCACAAGAGUAAGUGGGCUUGCAAAGGAUGUAUUUUAAGAUAUAAUUAUUUUUGCAAUAUAUAUGUCCAAGAUAGCAGAAACGGAGAGCAGAAGAGCAUAAAAGGAGAAAUAGCAAAACCCCUUAAAGUGGCAUCAGAAGACCACCCUGGACCUCCAAAGUGUUCAACUCUUGAAGUGUGCAAGGUUGCAGAAAAUCUGAAUUAAGAUUGUGGUCAACCAGCUCAAACUAAAUCUGCUAAAUCACUUGAGGAAAUAAUACAUCUGCUACGGUAUAAAAGACUGCAGACUGAAGCAGUGGGUGUGUACUGGCUUUGCCAGGCCCCUGCAUCUUUUGCUUUCUGUUUUAUCCCUUAUUAUCCUUUAUUAAAAUGCUUAAAAAUG